GGGAGCGGCAGCGGCAGCAUGCGUGUUGCUUCCUCGCCAGGCUGGAUCCGAGAAUGGACAUUAUAACCUAUGAUGAUUACUCCAAUUCACCGCUUCCGAGAUAUUGAGAGGAAACCAGAGUAUCUUCAGCCAGACAAGUGUGUCCCACCUCCCAGCAGUGAUUCUUCAGGAACAAUGUGGUUUAUUCGAGAUGGCUGUGGUAUUGCCUGUGCAGUCAUUACCUGGUUUCUGGUCUUCUAUGCUGACUUUGUAGUCAUUCUUGUUAUGCUGCUUCCAUCAAGAGACUAUAUUUACAGUGUGAUCAAUGGAAUAGUUUUCAACGGGCUGGCAUUCCUGGCUCUGGCUUCACAUAUGCGAGCUAUGCUAACAGAUCCAGGUGCAGUGCCUAAAGGUAAUGCUACAAAAGAGUUCAUAGAAAGUUUACAGCUGAAGCCAGGGCAGGUGGUUUACAAAUGUCCAAAGUGCUGUAGUAUCAAGCCAGACAGAGCACACCACUGCAGUGUUUGUAAAAGAUGUAUACGGAAAAUGGAUCACCACUGUCCAUGGGUUAACAACUGUGUAGGAGAGAAUAACCAAAAGUACUUUGUACUGUUUACAAUGUAUAUAGCACUGAUUUCUCUGCAUGCCCUGAUUAUGGUUGGAUUCCAUUUCCUACAUUGCUUUGAAGAAGACUGGACAAAGUGUAGUUCUUUCUCUCCACCAACGACUGUGAUCCUUCUUAUCCUGCUGUGCUUUGAGGCGCUCCUCUUUCUCAUCUUCACAUCUGUAAUGUUUGGAACACAGGUGCACUCCAUCUGCACUGAUGAAACGGGCAUAGAACGGCUUAAAAAAGAGGAACCUACUUGGGAAAAAGUCUGCGGCUGGGAAGGGAUGAAACUGGCUUUCGGGGGCGAUCUUUCACUCCGGUGGUUCAAUCCUUUUUCAGACCUGAGUUGCAAGAAGGCUCCACCAGCCGGUACAGCAACAGUGGCUCCAUCUGAGAUGGCGUCCCAGGAAGCGUUUGAACAGCGUUCUGAUCGAGAGGUGUUCAUGGAAGUGUUCUGUGAAUAAUGUAGUAUGUUUUGACCAAUGUCAGUGUGCUUUUGAAAAGGCUGUGUUGGAGACUUAACUUUCAUGGACCAUGAUGCCUGAAAGCAUUGAGGCCUUAUCAUUUCUCUAAGUCAAGGGACCUCACUAAACAAAAGUGAUCCAGCUUAUUCCUGUUACUGUGCUUUACUGAUGACAACGAGGUAACCUAGUUUCUAGAAUGGUUCUACGGAAACAUUAAUCAUUUGUCUAAAGUUGAACGGUUCCUAAAAAUAUGUAAUUGGCAUACUGUUUCAGAAGCAAAACUACUACCAAACAUAUCUUAACUCUUACUGGUCUGUUAAGUGUGGCACUGUGUCUUCACAAGGUGCAGAAUCUGGUCAAGGACAAAAAUCCAAAUUCUGUCAUGCAGUUCUUCUAAUUCUCUUCUAUGUGAGUGGCCCUCAGGGAUUAUGAAUGUGCUAGGAACGAUGUGCUAGGUUCAAACAGAACACAUGACAGAUCUGUUGUAACCAAAACAGCAAGAAAGCUUAGCUACAAUAGCCUCCCCUUGGAAGAAUGAGCAGUGAUUAUUAGAAAGAAGCUUCUGAAUAGGAUAUUUUAUAGUUCUGGCAACAGUGGGUAAAAUCAACAUUUUAGCUAUUGAUCUUUUAAUCAGUUGGAAUUUGUUAUUAGACUAUUUGCCUAUGAAUCUCUGAUUGAUGUUAAUUUAUCUCAGUGAGUUGCAUGAAUAGGUCCUCAUUUGAUGAGCAAUUAAUGCAAUUCUUCUCUGAAACAAUGUGGUUGUCACCAGAAAUACAGGGCCACAGGACAUGUUAUUGAAGAGUGUUUGGGGUGGCUAUGGGUUAUAUAGUGAUAUGUAAAAGAAAUGGGUAUUGCCAUGGAUUAACUAGUCAUUUGAAGGGCAAGGUAGGAGAAUACAGUAUACUCCUCUGUAUUUCAGAAAGGUGGCUAAUUCACACAGGGUGUGUCUUUAAUAAAGCUAUCAUGGGCAAAGAACCAUAUGUUGUGGGAACAACACAUGCUAUGGCAUUGUUGAAACUGGACAGGCACAAAUUAAUCUGAAUGAGAAAUCACUGGGAGCAACAUGUAACAGCAAGACUUAGAGGUGUAUUAAGUUUAUAUUUAAAUUGCAGACAUAUUUUGAAUGCAAAUGACUUAGAAUUACUGAGUAAUUUCUUUAGUAUUUUUCUUCUAAACUUCGAUGGUUUGUUUUAAAGAUUUGACCGAGGGUAUGUAUUCCUGCUUUCUACUGCUGAUCAAAUAGCAUCAGUAAACUCACUGGGCACCUUAACUCCCACUUCUUCUAAAAUAAGGGAAUGGGGAGAAAAGUCUGUGGUAGAUGAGAGACAACUCAGUUGGGUCAGGAUCCAAAGACUCGUGUAAUUUUCUUCAGGUGCAGGGAGGCUAUGGACCUGUGUGGCUUAAAUAUCAGUUCCCAUUCCCUCUAUGGAAUGGCAAACUACGUCUCAAACAGAAGGGAUUUCCAACAGCAGGUCAUGAUAAAUGGCACUGCUAAUUAAGGGGAGUACUUUAUUUAAAAAGAGUGUAGAUCCAUCUGAAAUAGUUCUUUGAAUCCUAACAUAUUUUUGUCCCUUAAAGCUUUACUUCUGAAAUUGAAAUGCAAUGAAUUAAAAACAUAGCUAAUUAUCUGUUUCUUUAAGAGGGAAUUAAAAAGUCUCAUUGUUUGGGGCUAGGAGACCCUCUUGGCAUGCUUACAUAGAAGGGGACAGGGUGCUGGCCUGGAGCUAAACUAGGCUUGUCCUACAGUGACCAGGAAUUAUGUGUCUUCCUUUUGACUCUCUGUCAAGGAAGGAGACCACAUGACUACUCCUACCCAUUUAUCUCUGAUCAUUUUAGUUUGUUUUCCUCUCCUGCCUGCAGUAAGAAGCAGGAUUCUUCUUUAUAAGAAGCUGCCUUAUCCUGAAUCAGACAAUUGGCCUGCUUAGCCUGCUCGUGUCUACUCUGACUCAUGGUAAAAUUCCAGGCCAUGGUCCUUUUCUUCAGCCAUUGACGGAUCUUUUCGAGAGUGGCAUUACCAGGAAUCAAACCUAGAAUGUUCUAUAUGCAGGGCAUGUGGUAUCCUGCUUGAGCUUUGGCUCUGACUUCAACUGUAGAAGGGACGGGCAGGCACUCAAAAAAGGGAGGAGCAGAUGGGAGUAGUUGCACCUACUCUAUUUCCUGUUGUUAUCAGAGAAUAAAUAGGCAAAGAGUGAGUACAAAUCAGCUCCGUGGGCUGGAGCGUCUGGCUGCAAAGCCGAGACCUAGGAGUUCACAUCUCCACUGGGCAUCCUGCCACGUGUGGGGUCCUAAGCAACUGUAUGGUCCCUGAACACUACCAGAAGAAAGGAAUGGUAAACUACUUCUGAGUACUUUAUAUACCUUGAAGACUCUGGGAGAGUCGCUGUAAGUCAGAAGUGACUUUAUGGCAUUUUAUUAAAAUGAGAAGGGCAAAUGUAUGUCCCCCCCAAAGUUGUAAACUGCCAGCCUUAUAUUUAAACACCAGCUUGAUUCAGAACCAAAAUAUACUUUUAGAAGGGAUAAAAAGUUGUAUUCUUGGGGGAGAUGGUAGUUUUAUAAAUGGAAAUUAAUAAGAUACGGGUGAUAAUAGUGGCUACCAGAAUAUUUGAAUUCUGCAAAAAUAAGUGCCUCACUCAAAGGGGUGGGGAAGAAGGUCCACAGUGGAAAGAAGUGGGAAACCACGGACAUUCUGCCCCAGUGCAAUAACUUGUGGAGUUAUCUUUAGGGAAGAUGUAAAAACAGCUGAACAAAUUAGAUGGAUUUGCUACAUUUAUUUUGGCAGCAUCGCUGCUAACAUGGAAGCAUUUUCAACUGCACCUGGUUUAUAUUUGGCAGUUGACUAUUCAUAUACAAGAAUACUCUUGAACCUGCUAUGAAACAAGCCAUCCUUUGAUAUUUAUCCACAAAUAGUGUAUUAAUUCCUACCCCUAUUUAGAAAAUAAAGCAUCAAAGGGAUGGGGGACAUACCAAGCAACCUGUUCCUCACUAUGAUUUUGGCUCAUACUGGUUUAUUGUCUGAGGGGAAAAAUCACACUCAGUUCAGUAAUUAAUUGUUUUUACUAGGAGAAUUUCUCCUGCCUUCAGUGCCACUACUACGUACCGGCCCAAGUGCCUACAGUAUGAGAGUUUUAAUUUCAUGGUUACUGGGAGCACAGGGGAGUAAAUCAAAUAAUUAUGUGAUUCUUUAUUAGGAAUUGCUGCUCAUAGAGCUUUAAAAAUGGAGUGUAGAGCUAAUUACCCUUAACACUGUUCAUUACUUCAAACAUGUGAGAAAAGUUAUUGGUUCCUUAAUUUCAUUAUUGUAUUUUGAAACUUACUACUUGUGUUGUCUAUUUGCUGGAUGAAAACACAUUUUAGGUUUUUAAAAAUGUUAAAUUUUAACUGCCCAGAAAGUUUUCACACUAAAGGGGCAGUAUAGAACCCAAAAAAUAAAAAUAAAAAAUAAAUAGGGACAACAAAGCAUCUUCUUCUGUUCAAAAGUACGGUAAAAGUGUUAAAUAAUGCUAAAUAUUCCAACAUUUAGAUAUAUUGCCAAAGAACUGAUUGGCCCCUAAAGUGAGAAAGAACUGCCCAGCAAUGAGCAGAAUUUUGCUAUGAUGCUGCCAAUGUAAAAAUUGGCUGUUUUUUCCCCAGACGUUGGAAAAGUUGAUUUUUUUUUAAGGCUAUAAGUCCCAGAAUCUCCAGGAUAGGGCCAGAGGCUUUACAAAGGCCAUAUGGAUUAGAGGAUUAGAGGAGUUUUAGUCUGUAAGAUUAUGUUUUCUGAGUUAUCUUGCUGUUUUGGUCAUUUGUUUGAAUCCCAAAUUGGUAAUUUGUAAAUAGUAGGCCCUUCCACUUGCACAAGGUAUACACACAGUUGUUUGAUAUUUCUCCUUGCUGUCUCAUCCUUGUUAGAGAGUCUCCCAGCCCUCAAGAGCAGAUCCCUUCUCACAAUGCAAGUCGGGAUAGCACCCAUUGUGUCCUUCUUGUCAGUCUUCCUAUAGCAUUGCAUUUUGGUUGUGUUUUUCUUCAGUGUUCAUCUUUUCAGUGUGCAGCUGAAGAGAAUCGGGGGGAAAUAGACAAAAAAAAUCAAGCAGUAAAUAGGAAGUGAGGUUCUGGUUUAUUUACUGGAGCUGUUUCUCCUGUGCUCAAUAAAAGUGCCUUAUUCAUUUCCAAACCAUUUUGUAAAGCUUUAUGUAGCAAACGGAGACCAAAUUAUUUUAUAGAAUAGCAAAGUUAAUCUGCUGUUAACCAAAGUUUCUGACGUUUCCUUCUUUCCCCAAUGAGGUUUGAUGCUAUUCUACUCCUAUUAGAGAGUUUUUUAGGAUGGAGCCUAAAAAGAUACUUCAGAUUAAAUAGCCGCUUUGUCUGAAAUCCGGUGUUUACAUUACUAGGUGUAUUGCUUCCUACUGUGUGAGUAGCCUGCCUUGAAAAGCUCUAUAUUAAGUGUUUGUGUAAAUAAGAGUUCAUGCAUUUAUCUGAAGCGAGAAAUACACUUGUGGUAUUAAGUUCAUAAUGUGUUCAUGGUACUGUGAACCAAUGGGCCUGUGUUCAAACCAUGGUGUGUCUUAAAUAAGAAAUGCUACUGUUCUAGCAAUAAUGUAGGCUGAAAGGUGCCUUAGUUCAAAGGUUUUAAUAAAUGAUGUACUGAAAUCUAGACUGUGGAAAAAUAUUCUGUUUUCACAAGGAAUUUUGGGCUGCACAUUGGCCUGUUCUAUGCAAUUAAUGAGUGUAUGCAUUUACAAAUUUUACUCUUCCAUUUUUUUUGCUUUUUUGUAUUUCAUUUUCUAACUUCCACUGAGUACUGGUGCUUAUUAAAAUUCAGUAUUUUCAUCUC